UUCAGAUUUCUAGAUAGAAGCAAGUGCAUAGCCGUAUUUUCCUCGAACUUUUGAUUUUGAUUUUGGGCAGUUAAGAUGCCACGUCAGGGAUCCGAUGGCCGAUCCAGUGGGUCAAUGCGUCGCCAACCUAGUCGCAGCAACAGCAGCAGCAGCAUCUUUGCCACGAAGUCCUCCCGAGGUAGCAGCAAAAACUUGCCGGCGGUUCAGCAGCCCAAGAAGGAAACCGCUCCAGCUCCAGCUCCUCCCAAGACAGCGGCGGCAGCUCCCCCACAGGCGGCAUCUCCUGCCGCAGACUCCAAGGGACGGAGCACUGGGGACAUGUUUAAGGACAUGGCUACUACAGCGGCGGGAGUGGCCGCAGGAUCGGCUGUGGGUCAUGCCGUGGGCGCUGGCAUUACUGGCAUGUUCAGUGGAAAGAAUCAGGCUCCGGCCCCACAGGCGGAAGGCGGGGCACCGACAGCCAAACGCACUGAACUUGUGGAAGAGGGUCCUUGCGCCUUCGAGCUCCGACAAUUCCUCAAGUGCACUGAGGAGAACAGUGAUAUCUCCGUCUGUAAGGAGUUCAACGAGGCGAUGCAGCAGUGCCGACGGCGCUACAAUGUCUAAGACUGCGACGAUCCAUUAUCAAAAUUGUGAAAAUACGAUUAUUACACAUUGCUAAGAUAUGGUUUAAACAAAGAGAGAUUGGUCAGAA